AUGGUUCCAGCUCCCUCCUUUGACCUCUGCCUUUGCUCAUUCCUAACCACCAUAACGACUCCUCCCUUCCCCCCUCCUCCUGCCGCGUAUCCUCCAUCUCUCCCCACUCCUAUUACAUUCCCUCAGUCCCUUACGUGCAGAUGUUCCAGUCGCUGCUCUCUGCCCGCCCGCCGUAGGUCCCUCCCUCCCACCCAUUCACAUCAUAUUCUCAAUUCUUCCUUUCUCCCUCUCGCUCCUCAGAUUAUACCCCCUCUUCUCACCUCUCUUCUUCCCCUCACUGCCCUGCAGAUGUUCCAGUCGCUGCUCUGCCUUCUCUCAGUGGGUCCCUCCCUCCCACCCAAUCACAGCAUGCCAACAGAGCGACUCAACCGCACCUUUCCCUCCCUCCUCCACCCCCCUUCCUCGUCUCCCUCCCUUCUAUCCUCAUCCUCCUCCUCUUCUUCCCCCUCCUCAGCUGCUUCCCCUACAGCCUCCAAACCCCCCUCCCCCGCUCCUCUCAUCUUCCAGUACACUUUCCCCCUCACCAACACAAGCCUUGACUUUCUCCACUCUGACUUUCUAACCGUCCUGGAAUCCGCCCCUUCACAUGCUCCUGGGCAAUCAGAUACACCUUCCCCAGACACGCCUCCUGCUAGUAUGGCUGUUCCAGAUACGCCUAAUCCUUUAUUGACCAAGAAUAUGCCUGAGGGCACCAAUAACAGCAGUAUUACUGCCACCAAUAUCGUUGCUAGCUUUGGUAGCAGUAGCAACGCAGGCAUUGGCAGAAGUCUUCUCACAGAUACUUCUGAAACCACCCAGGAGCCAGGUUCGGAUGGGUUGAAUGCGGUGGAGCUGGGUUCGGACAGGUCAGGUGCGGCAAAGCCAAGUUCGGAGGGGUUGGGAGCGGUGAGAGUGGUGCGGCUGGAUGCGUGGGCGGCAUAUGUGGUGGCAGCACAGCCGCAUGUGCUGGUGAUUCACACGGGAGGCGCGUGGGUGGGGUUGCAGCAGCGAUGGCAGGAGCAUAGGGCGCGAAUACAUGCUUCUCAGGAGGGGCAGAAGGGGCAGGAGGGGCAGGAGGAGGGGCAGAAGGGGCAGAAGGGGCAGGAGGGGCAGGAGGGGCAGGAGGGGCAGAGUGCAGCGAAUGAAUCAAAGGUUUUUGCUGCUGUGGCUGGUAAAGGAGUUGAGGGAGGGAUGCGUGAGGAGAAAGUGGGAGCAGAAGGCAAGGUGGAGGUUGGUGGGGGAAAGGGGAAGGCUGGAGGGGGAAAGGGGGAGCCUGGUGGGGGAAAAGGGGAGGUUGGUGGGGGAAAUUGGAAGGCUGGAGGGGGAAAGGGGGAGCCUGGUGGGGGAAAAGGGGAGGUUGGUGGGGGAAAGGGGAAGGCUGGAGGGGGAAAUGGGGAGCCUGGUGGGGGAAAAGGGGAGGUUGGUGGGGGAAAGGGGAAGGCUGGUGGGGGAAAAGGGGAGGCUGGUGGGGGAACUGGGGGGAAUGGCGGGGGGAAUAAGGGGACGGGUGAAAAGGCGAAGGGAAAGGGUGGGGGGAAGAAGGGGAAUGGUGGGGAGAAGAGGGGGAAUGGUGGGGAGAAGAAGGGGAGUGGCGGGGAGAAGAAGGGGAGUGGAGGGGAGAAUAGAGGGAAUGGUGGGGAGAAUAGGGGGAAUGGUGGGGAGAAUAGGGGGAAUGGUGGGGAGAAUAAGGGGAAUGGUGGGGGGAAUAGGGGGAAUGGCGGGGAGAAUAGGGGGAAUGGUGGAGAGAAUAAGGGGAAUGGUGGGGAGAAGAAGGGGAAUGGUGGAGGGAAGAAGGGGAAUGGUGGAGGGAAGAAGGGGAAUGGUGGAGGGAAGAAGGGAAACAGUGGGGGAAAUGGAGUCGAUGGUUGGAAAAACAAAGGUAGCGGUGGUGGUAAUCAGGGAAAUGGCGGGGGCAAUCAGGGCAACGGUGGGGGGAGCAAGGAGGCCGGUCAGGGAAAUGACGGGGGGAAUGGGGGCAAGGGUGGGGGGAGCAAGGAGGUCGGUCAGGGAAACCAAGGGAAUGGUGCGGGAAGAAAGGGGAACAGUGUGGGGGAUAACAAAAUCAGUGCGGGAAACAAAGGGAAUGGUGGGAUGGCAUUGGGAGACAAUAGUAAAGCUGGGCAAAAAGGAGGAGGGACAGGAAAGCAGGCAGGCAGUGAGAUGAAGAAAGCGGGAGGAAAAGGGGAGAGCAGUGGUGAUAAGGCGAAGGAGAAACGCAAGGCUGUGGCAGAGACAGCCAGUGGAGGAGGAGGAGGGGACACCACCAGUGGUUCUCAGACUGAUCCGUUUGCAGGAGGGGAGUUGCGAAUGGGCGACUUUGGCAACAUGUCGAUACUUGAUGGAAUGGACGGUGCGGAUGAAGCGGGGCUCCUUGGUAGCACGGACGGAUCAGAUGCAGCGGAGGGGGGUUCAGGUGAGGCAGUGGGUGGAUCGAAAUUGGAGGAAGGUGAUGUGAGAUUAGAGGAGGGGGAGCAGCAGACAGGCGGAAGCUUUAUGGCGGAUGAAGCUGACAUAGUCCUAGAGGAAAUGUCCGAAGUGAGCUCUUCAGUCGGUCGGGGCAGCUUUCUUGAUGAGGAUAGGGCGGUGGAAAAUGAUGAAGUGCCGGAGCAGCAGCAGCAGGGCGGUAGUGUCAUGGCGGACGAAGCUGACCAAGUCCAAGAGGAGAUGUCUGAAGGUAGACUCUCAGAAGGAGAAGUGAUGCCUUCAGUCAAGCAAGUUACGUUUGAUGAGGAGGGUGAAGCGGCGAAAGAGGAUGCAGUGCAGGAGAAGGAUAACGAAUCUCACAUUGUUACAGGUGCAGAGAAUGAUGAGGAAGUUCGUGGGGAGGAUGUGCAUAACGAGGCUGCUAAUAAGGGGGAUGAGUCACCUGGAGGGCCUAGUGUGCUCCCACCUAACCUGCUUGACUCGGUUGACUUUCUUGACCCGGUAGCAGCUUUCACCAAGACCCUCCGCAUGCUGCAUCACUUCCUCUCCUCUCAACCCACCGCCGAAUCCCUCCCAACUUUCUUCCUCGGGCUGCCCCGAGAACAUUAUUUCCGGGCAGACGAGGACAACAGCAGCUCGCUCUGCCUGCCCGACGACGCCACGUGUCGAAAAUACGGGCAGUGUAGCGGGAAUUUGAGGCCGAGAGAGUGGUUGGAGGAGGGAGGGGAGGAGCAGGCGCAUCAGCAGCGGUGGCAGCGGUGGCGGUGGCGGCAGGAGAGGGAGAGGAGGGAGAGGGAAAAGGGACCCAACCGCUGCCGCUAUGCCACCACAAGUUGGCAAGACGCCGUGGGGGGACCCAAGCGCCGCCGCUAUGCCACCACAAGCUGGCAGGACGCCGUGGGGGGAGGUAGCAGCGGGGGGGGAGGCGCAGGAGCGGGGGCGGAAGGCGCAGGCGCAGCAGCAGGGGGCGGGGGGGGAUCGGGGGGAGAGGGGGGAGCAGGGGGAACAGGGGGGGGCGCGCGGAAGGGCGUGUAUCACUGCAACUACUGCCACAGGGAUGUGACGGGGGAGGUGCGAGUGAAGUGUGCGGCGUGUGUGGACUUUGACCUCUGCGCUGAAUGCUUCUCCGUGGGCGCCGCUGCUCACCCGCACUCCGCCUCGCAUCCCUAUCAUGUCAUGGACACCAUGAGCUUCCCUCUCGUGCAUGAGGACUGGACUGCUGACGAGGAGAUGCUGCUGCUCGAGGCGCUGGAGAUGUACGGAAUGGGCAACUGGGGGGAGAUUGCGGAGCACGUGGGGUCCAAGAGCAAGACACAGUGCCACGACCACUACCUCUAUGACUACCUGCUGUCACCAACCGGUCCCUUGCCUGAUCUAUCUCGCCUGCGCACACAAGCGGACACGGAAGCAGCCAAGGCAGCAAUGGAGGAGCAGGAGGCGGUAGAGACUGCAGCGAGGGCACAGGAGGCAGUUCUGUUCAAUGUUCCUGUGGUCAAGCCAGAGUCAGGAAGCAAGGCGGACGAAGCAGCAGCGCCGAUAACGAGUGGGUACAACACGAAGCGCAACGAGUUUGAUCCGGAAUACGACAACGAGGCAGAGGCACCGCUGGCAGAACUGGAGUUCAAGGAGUCAGACUCGAGCGUGGAUAGACAACUGAAGAUCAAGAUGCUUCACAUCUACUACUCACGGCUGGAAGAGCGGUCAAGACGCAAGGCCUUCAUCCUGGAGCGUGGCCUGCUGGACCCGAGAAGAGUGGACGGAACGAUCCGACCCGAAUCCACCACCGGCAGCAGGGGGAGAUGCAGAGGAGCACUAGGGGCUGGUGCAGAGCUUGACACAGGCGCAGAGGCUGCGAGACAGAGUGGCCGUUCUCCAGGUGAGGCUUGUGGUUCGUCUGAAGUAGCACCUAGUAGUAGUGCUGAUUUUGAGUGCGGAGGAGCACGAGGGGCUGGUGCAGAGCUUGACACGGGCUCGGAGACUGAGAGACAUAGUGGCCGUGCUGCAGAGCACGAGGGGCUGGUGCAGAGCCUUACCCAGGCGCAGAGGCUGAGAGACAGAGUGGCCGUGCUGCAGGAGUUGAGAGCAGCGGGGUGCAAGUCACUGGCAGAGGGGCGUCGGUUCAUCCAAGCCCAUUACAAGGACAACCCCACCGCUGCUGCUGCUGCCAUUGCGUGUCUUCCACCCUCCGCAACAGCUGCCCCCAUUGCGUGCCUUCCACCCUCCGCCACAGGUGGGGUAUGCACCCUCCGCCACGGUUGCACUCACAGCAACCAGCACAGCACCAUCAGCAAGAGGUCCCUCCUCCCCAUCACCUCAUGCUCCAUCUUCCCUGCUCCAAUGCCCCGCUUGUUCUUCAACCCUCUGCCACUUUUCCCACACCCUCUUUGGUCCUUUGGCACUUGCGCCACCGCCAUCAGCACAGCAUCAUCAGGAGGUGCCUCAGCAGCUCUCGACAUUUCCUCCCACCCAGGAUGCGACCUUCUAUCAGCCAAGGAGCGAGAGCUGUGCACGCACAUGCGCCUGUUGCCAGCACACUACCUCCGGGCCAAGCAGGUCAUCUUACUGCAAGCAGCCGUCUCAGGGAGAGCCGUUAUUUUGCAGCAGGCAGCCCUCUCAGGGGGGACCAUCUCACGAGCAGCAGUGCACCAACUCUUCCGCCUGCCCUCCGCCACCACUGAUGGCAUGUUCCUUGCGUUUUCUCCCUACAUCCCCCGUUCCCCUCUCCCCCAUCUCAACAGGCUCUUGCUGGGGGCGAACUGGAUAGCAGAAGCUGGUGGAAGUGGUACUGGUGGUGGGGGGAUGGGAGGGGCGAUGGGAGGGGCGAUGGGAGGGGGGAUGGUGAAGCAGGAGGGGAUGUGA